AGUCUGACAUGUUGACUUUUGUGAGGAAAUUCAUUUCAAUUCUUGGUAGCCCCCACGAAUAUUAUGCUCUUAUAUGAAUUUUUCAAGCACUCUUGAUAUUUAGUAUCCUUAACUAUUCAAGUGCGACAGGAGAAAUUGAGAGUGGCAGCAGCCGCAGUAGGAAGGGGUACACUUUGUACAUGCACUUUGUGAUACUCGCAUUUUGCGGAACACAGAGAUGUUGGAGGAAAGCUGAGUCAGUGUAGGAGAUCUUGAUCCCUUGACCAGAGUUUUUCCGUGUUUUGUGUAGGUCAUAGACUUAAAUGUGCGUGUAUGGUUCACGAACUUAAACGAGAGUAGCAUAUGGUCGAUUCGACUUGGUCAACAUGGCUCCGUUAGCUGUUACGCGAAAUGAUGCUCCCAACUGUUAUCAACUGAACCGAAGUAGAAAGAUUAUCAGGUCGCGACCUAUCGGUUGAGUGUCGGAAUGCGCGAAGUGUAAACGCAAUGUUUUGAAAAAUUCUGUGUCCUUUUUGGUAUUGCUUCCUGCUGAAAUGUUCUAGUGUUCAACUGUUGUGUAUCCAAUUUUUACAAGAAAGUUAGUUUUAUAAUUGGAAUCUGACUUCAGUAAGUUAUUAAUACGAGUUGUGGCUUUGUGUCCGUUACAAAGUGUGUGAGUAUGUACAAGGUUACAACUGAAGUCUGUAGCAACCAAUGUGUGAUGCAAACUGCUGUCAACAGCAAACGAUUAAAAGUUGCGAAUAGAACCCUGGUUCUUCGAACAGUGAAAAGUGGCAACUUCUUUAUUAAAAAAUCAUUUCUUUUUCAACAAACAAAGUGGUUUUCGCCCAUAGACCACGUUUACGUGUGGGUUCCGUGAACUGGUAUUUGUCAAGGCUGCACGAGCAUUAGGGGCACCACGGACAUUCUGUUGUAUACGUACGAACAAUAGCUUUCAAUACACGUGGACUUAAAAUGACUUUAAGAAAUUCAACAAGUUAGCGGGUGAAGGGGAACCCAAGCACCGAACAGUAUAGACAUUUUUCCUUAUCCCUAAAACGACAACAUAGUUGAGCACGCACAUUCCAUUAGGAGUGAAAAAUGGUAGAAAAUUUUAACAAAAUAUUUUAUUCUUCGAAAUUAGUCGUAGCGGAAACGUUUGCCAAUUCAGAAAAUUGACAUAAAUAAUUGAAAGAUAAAGUACCACCUCCAGGUAUUACAGAGAAUAUGCGACAAAUUCAAUUAUCAUUGCUUGUUGUGAUAAACUUAUGGAGUGUCCAUGCUACAAAAUAUUGUUCGUAUGAGUUGAACGGAGAUCCAAAAUACUUUGUGUGCGCCAGAAACGAAUAUUGCUGCAACUUGGGAUGCUGCGUACAUUUUGCGUUUCAAUUCUAUCAAUUAUGGUAUUAUUGGCUGUUGCUUAUUUUCAUGUUCGUGAUAUGUUCAGGAGGCAGUUGGUGGUACAAGUUCUGUCGUCAAAGCGAAAAUGCAUCACAUUAUCCGUCCAUACCACUUACUAUCGAACCAUCAGCUCGACCCAAUUUUUCAGACUCCCGAACACAUCGCACUACUGCUCGUGCCUUUGAUCGUACUUCUGCAACAGAACCGUCAUCAUAUUAUUUCCACCGGAUCUGGAAAGCCAAUAACGUAACAACCUCGCCAAAUUGCUACACAUCUAUUGUUCAGUAUCACAAUGCAGAACUAGACGGGAGGCGCCAGCAUUAUGGGUGCCCAUAUUAUCAGCUGUAUGAACCACCCCCGUCUUAUGAGUCUGUAGUGCAGGUAUCAGACUCUGGAAAUAACAGGAAAACGUCAUGUGUACUGGUCCCUGCCACUACUGCUACAACACCGCAAAUGAGUGCUUGCGUGUCUUCGGUACCGACAACAUCGGCUGCCCCGCCUCCAUUGUUAUCGCCACCAAAGUCCAGCAGAGGCACGAGUUCUCAGCCUCAAGUAGUGUCAACCAACCGCCAUCACCUACACGAGCUAUGCCCAGCAACAUCAACCACAACUUCUGAAUCAUUCGGCGUACCUCUUCCACAGCAUUUAUUGCAUGAUAACAAUCAAAAUUCAAUGCCGUCCACUUCCAAUAUUUCACAGUACUCCUGCAACAGGAAUCAACAGCAACACUUGUUCCAUCAUUCUCUUCAUCACCACAAAAUGCAUUAUCAAAGUCACCAUUUGCUUUAUCAUCCUACGAUACAUAGUCUUGAUGUAAAUACAACUGUAACAAUAGGUAAAUCCUCAACUCCGUCGAAUCGCGCGCACGGUGGAAGCUCAUACCAGCUAAUUUCAUCUAAUAUUCCGUUCCCCACCACACCAGCAACGACAACACAACCAUCAUCUUCUCCAGCACCAACCGCACAAUCAUCAUCUUCUCCAGCACCAACUGCACAAUCAUCAUCCGUGCCAAUAACUGCGCUGCCGCCGUCUGGACCAAUUGACGAAAAUGAUACAAGGGUUUAGAGAUCUAUGUGUACGUCAUUUUCCGCACUUAUAAGCAGCCGGUAGCUAGAUGAUUUCAUGCUAGGUAGGGAAGGGUCUUUGCAGCGUAAAAGUGCAACUGUCAAGAAAAUAUGUAAAUACCGUGUGUCAAAAAUGUAUUCGUCUGCUAACCUUUUUCGUGAUAAAAAUAGAAUUCUCAUAACUAAAUAAAAAAGACAAUA